UAUCUCGUUUGUCGCUAUUACUUCAAUUAUCUUAACCUCUGUUGCUUUUUUUUUUUUUUUCUUCUAAUUUUUCUGGGUUAUUCUGAAUGUGAUUAACAGCGGCGCAUAGAAAGGAAAAGACUUUUUUUUUUUUUCAUUGCUUGUGUCCUUUGGCAAUGGAUUUUGAAUCAAAUUACGAUAUUGCCGCCACUGCCGACUUCAUUCACACUCGCAACUUCACCAGAGUUGCUUUACAAUUUCCAGAUAAUCUCCUAAAAGAUUCAACAAGAGUGGUCACUGCUCUGCGGAAGAGACUUCAAUCAUUGAGAGAAUUUGAUGUCACAGGAAGUGGGGAUGUGACAGAUGUUGGAUUAUAUGUGAUGGCGGACACGGCUUAUGGCAGUUGUUGUGUUGAUGAAGUUGGAGCAUCACACAUUAAUGCUGAUUGUGUUAUACAUUAUGGACACACAUGUUUUAGCCCGACGACAACUCUACCAGCUUUUUUUGUUUUUGGGAAGGCUUCCAUUUGCAUAGCUGAUUGUGUUGAAAGUAUGUCAAAAUAUGCUCUGACAAUUAGCAAGCCUAUACUGGUUCUUUUUGGGCUGGAAUAUGCACAUUCAAUUCUUCAGAUUAGAAAAGCACUGUUAGAAUCAUCAAUGUCAUGCAGAUUUGACCUUAAGUCAGAAGCUUGCUUUGCUGAUGUUCCAUCUUCAGUUAUGUUUCCGUCAAAAGAUAUUAAAAGAUUAAAUGGGCUCCAAGAACCAGAUGGUGGUUAUAGUAAUAAUGUCACUUCUGAUGGGGAAAAUGGGAGUAUAUGUAGCAUUGGAGGACUAACUUGGAAAUUACCCAAGGGAAAAAGCAUGGAAGACUACUCGCUCUUUUGGAUUGGACCUGAUAAUUCAGCUUUUGCAAAUGUUGUGCUCACAUUUAAUGCCUGUGAAAUAGUCAGAUAUGAUGCCACUGAGAAUCGAAUGAUGGCAGACUUUUCUCAACAGAGGAAGAUACUUAAACGUAGAUAUUACCUGGUGGAGAGGGCUAAGGAUGCUAAUAUUGUUGGGAUUUUGGUUGGUACUCUUGGUGUUGCUGGUUAUCUGCACAUAAUAAAUCAGAUGAUGGAGCUCAUCACUGGGGCAGGCAAGAAGGCCUAUACUAUGGUCAUGGGAAGACCAAACCCAGCUAAACUUGCUAACUUUCCUGAGUGUGAUGUUUUCGUAUAUGUCUCUUGUGCACAAACUGCGCUUCUGGAUAGCAAAGAGUAUCUAGCUCCAGUUAUUACUCCCUUUGAAGCAAUGAUAGCUUUCAACAGAGGAAGCCAGUGGACAGGAGCCUAUGCAUUGGAAUUUGGAGAUCUAAUUAAUUUGCCACAAGUGGAAGUUGGAAACCAGGAAGAAGAAGCACGGUUUUCAUUCUUGCAGGGUGGAUAUGUUGAAGAUUUUGAAAAUCAAGAAAAUGUUGAUGAAGAAAGAGAAGCUCUUGCUUUAGUUAAUGCAACAGAGAAGGCACUGCAGAUUCGGGAUAACUGUAAUUCUGUAAUAAAAGGGGAUGCUAGAUCAGGAGCAGAAUUUUUAGCAAAUAGAUCUUAUCAGGGUCUGAAUAUGGCCAAUGAGAACACCUCCCCAGAACCAUAUUUCAUAGGACGGAGAGGAAGGGCAUCUGGGUACGAUGAUGAGAGGAACAAACAAUGAAACUUUUGUGUAUAGCCGUAAAUGUGGAAACAUUGGCUUCGCCAUGUGUUGUUUGCAUUAGAUUGUAGUGAAUGAGAGUUAGUAAGUAGGACAGGGUCUCACAAAUUUAAGGAGCAUGUGAUUGUUCUCUGUGACAAGGUUAUGUUGCCAUAGUUUUGUCCAACUGUUUCAGGAACUAUAUAGAAACACUAUUACAUUACAUGCAUGAAACUUAAUAUCAUCUGUUUUUAUUUUAUUUUUAGAUUAAUCAUAUAUUCUAUUUCAUCUUUUC